GGUUCCCCAGGCCGGGCCUGGGGGUCACGUGGCCGGCGGCGGGGCUGUGCGAGCGCGAUGGCUGCUGGGUAAUCUGAAUGCCCGGCUGCGGGAGGAGCCGGGCUGGAGUCGCUGUCUGAGGAGCCAGCCAGCCAGCGGGACCCGAGACUGCCGGGCCGCGCCGGGACCCAGCCGCACGCCCAGCCCAGCCCGCAAUGGAGCGGCGGGACCCCCGGGGAGCCGCCACCGCCGUCUCCCACCGCCUGUGACCCGCUCCCGGAGCUCCCCCGCCCCUCCGGGUCCUGCCUUCCCUCCCCCCGGGGCCCCCAUCUCGGGGCCCGAGCCCGCUCCUGGGGCCUGGUCUUUGUGCCCAGCUCCGGGCCCUGCCCUCCUGGCCGCGCCUCGGUCCCCUUCUCCUCCUGCCUGUCGGCUCCUCAGUCCCCUUCGGGCCUCCUCGUCUCCCGCCCGACGGGCCGGCGGCGGCGGCAGCCGGGAAAUGGUCCGGGCCUAGCGGAGCAGCGAACGGAGGGAACCUAGAAACAAGAGCAAAGCUGAGGUCUAACUACGAUAGAGGAUGGACACCAAAGAAGCUGUGUUGGGGACAAAAACAAAGCAAAAUAAGCAACAUGAACCGUGAAGACCGGAAUGUGCUGCGUAUGAAAGAAAGGGAAAGGCGAAAUCAAGAAAUUCAACAGGGCGAAGAAGUCUUUCCACCUAACUCUCCUCUCUUUGCUGAACCAUAUAAAGUUACCAGCAAAGAAGAUCAACUGUCUAACCGUAUUCAGAGCAUGCUUGGAAAUUAUGAUGAAAUGAAGGAUCUUAUAGGAGACAGAUCUCUACAAAAGCUUGUUGGUAUUCCCAAACCAACAGUACCAUCAACGCCAGAUGAAAAAUCAAACCAAAGUUUCUUUGGUGAACAGAGACACAGUACCAGCUCUCAUCAGAGCAGCAAAUGGACUCCUGUAGGACCAGCACCUAGCACUUCCUCCCAAUCACAGAAACGGUCCUCAGGUUUACAAACGGGGCACAGUAGUCAGCGGAGCAGUGGCAAUAACACUAGCAGCAGUGGCCAGAGGCAUGACCGUGACUCAUAUGGUGGUAGUAGCAGCAGCCGCAAAAAAAGCCAGCAUGGAUCAGAACACUCUAAAUCCCGUUCUUCCAGCCCUGGAAAACCACCUGCUGUUUCUUCAUUGAGCUCCAGCCAUUCCAGGUCUCAUGGAAGUGAUCAUCAUAGCAAGGAACAUCAGCGCUCAAAAUCUCCACGGGAUCCUGAUGCCAACUGGGACUCACCUUCCCGUGUACCUUCAUUUUCAAGUGGACAGCACUCUAACCAGUCUUUUCCUCCUUCGCUAAUGUCCAAGUCCAGUUCAAUGUUGCAGAAGCCCACUGCCUAUGUAAGGCCCAUGGAUGGACAGGAGUCUAUGGAACCAAAGUUGUCCUCUGAACACUACAGUAGUCAAACUCAUAGCAACAGCAUGAGUGAGCUGAAGCCUAGCAGCAAAGCACAUCUAACCAAGCUUAAAAUACCUUCUCAACCACUAGAUGCAUCAGCAUCUGGUGACGUGACCUGUGUGGAUGAAAUUCUAAAAGAGAUGACCCACUCUUGGCCUCCACCUCUGACUGCUAUUCAUACACCAUGUAAAACAGAGCCAUCAAAAUUUCCUUUUCCAACUAAGGAUUCUCAACAGUCCACUUUUGGCACUGGAGAGCAGAAAAGAUACAAUCCGUCAUCAAAAACGUCCAAUGGCCAUCAAUCGAAAUCAUGUGAAUCAAACCAAACAGAUAUGUUGAAAGAUGACUUAAAACUCAGCAGCAGUGAAGACAGUGAUGGUGAACAGGAUUCUGAUAAGAUAGUGCCAAGGAGUACACCUGGAAGUAAUUCUGAACCUUCACAACAUAAUAGUGAAGGAGCAGAUAAUUCCAGGGAUGACUCAAGCAGCCAUAGUGGAUCUGAAAGCAGUUCUGGAUCUGACUCUGAAAGUGAAAGUAGUUCCAGUGACAGUGAGGCUAAUGAGCCAUCCCAGAGUGCAUCUCCAGAGCCUGAGCCGCCACCAACAAACAAAUGGCAACUUGACAACUGGUUGAACAAAGUGAAUCCGCAUAAAGUGUCACCAGCUUCUUCUGUGGACAGUAAUAUCCCAUCUUCACAAGGCUACAAAAAAGAUGGCCGAGAUCAGAGCUCCGGGAAUGGGUAUACAGAUCAAAGUGGGUCUAAGGAAUCUAUUUCCUCCACUCCUGGGCGAGAUUCCAAAACCACCCAAAAAGGAUCGGAGAGCAGUCGUGGCAGGCAGAAGUCACCUGCACAGAGUGAUAGCACAAUACAGAGGAGAACUGUUGGUAAAAAGCAGCCCAAGAAGGCAGACAAGACAGCUAUUGAAGAGCCCAGAGGAGGGCUUAAAAUAGAAAGCGAAACCCCUGUAGACAUUGCAACAAGUAUGCCCUCAAACAGGCAUAAGGCAGCCACAAAGGGCUCUAGAAAACCCAACAUAAAGAAGGAGCCCAAAUCUUCCCCUCGGCCUACAGCAGAGAAAAAGAAAUAUAAGGCUUCAAGCAAACCUUCCCAGAAAUCCAGGGAAUUCAUAGAAACAGAUACCUCCUCCUCUGAUUCUGAUGAAAACGAGAGCCUGCCUCCUUCAUCACAAACCCCCAAAUACUCUGAGAGCAAUAGGACUCCUGUUAAAUCUUCCAUGGAGGAGGACGACAGCUUUUUUCGGCAAAGAAUGUUCUCUCCUAUGGAAGAGAAGGAACUUCUUUCACCGCUCAGUGAUCCAGAUGAACGGUAUCCACUUAUUGUGAAGAUCGACCUGAGCCUCUUAUCGAGAAUACCAGGGAAGCCUUACAAAGACACAGACCCACCCAAAGUGGAGAAGAAAAAUGUGCCAGAGAAGCAUACAAGAGAGUCCCAAAAACCAGCCUCAGACAAAAAUUCCACCAAGGGCAAAAGGAAGCAUAAGAAUGAUGAUGAAAACAGAGCCGGUGAAGGCAAGAAAACUAAAUUGGAAGAAAAGUCUUCGUCAGGCCACAAGGCCUCCAGCAAUAGAGAGUCGUCAAAGCAAAGUGCAGGUAAAGAGAAGGAUCUGCUCCCUUCUCCUGUGGCCCCUGUCCUUCAGAAAGAUCCCAAGCAAGAUCAUGGGUCCCGGAAGAGAACAGUCAGUCAAUCUUCUUCCUUAAAAUCAAGCAGCAACAGUAAUAAGGAGAGUAGCAGCAGCAGCAGUAAAAGUAACUCAUCUUCCAAACAAAAAAAGACUGAAGGGAAGGCUUCUAGCAAUGCCAGGGAAGUCAAGGAAAAGGUUCUAAACAGUUCAUCAAACUGCCCUCCUGCAUCUACCCCAGCUACAGACAGCUCAAAGUCCCGAAGAGCAAAGCUUGUUUUUGAUGACAGGAUGUAUUCGGCCGAUCAUUAUUUACAAGAAGCAAAGAAGUUAAAGCACAAUGCAGAUGCAUUGUCUGACAGGUUUGAGAAAGCUGUUUUCUAUCUUGAUGCUGUAGUGUCUUUCAUCGAAUGUGGGAAUGCAUUGGAGAAAAAUGCUCAGGAAUCCAAGUCCCCGUUCCCUAUGUAUUCAGAAACUGUGGAAUUAAUCAAAUACACUAUGAAACUGAAAAAUUAUUUGGCACCAGAUGCUACGGCUGCAGAUAAAAGGCUAGCAGUGCUUUGUCUUCGGUGCCAGUCCCUGUUAUAUCUAAGGCUUUUCAAGCUGAAGAAGGAGAGUGCAUUGAAAUACUCUAAAACACUGACAGAACAUCUAAAGAAUUCCUAUAAUAACUCUCAAGCACCGUCACCUGGCAUGGGAAGCAAACCUGUUGGUAUGCCAUCUCCGGUCUCUCCGAAGCUGUCUCCAGGAAAUUCAGGGAAUUACUCUUCGGGGGCAACCAACCCUUCAGGGAGCAGUUCUUCUGUGACUAUUCCACAGAGAAUCCACCAGAUGGCAGCCAGCUAUGUCCAGGUUACAUCCAACUUUCUCUAUGCCACUGAAAUUUGGGACCAAGCUGAACAGCUUUCUAAAGAGCAAAGAGAGUUCUUUGCUGAACUGGAUAAAGUUAUGGGCCCUCUGAUCUUUAAUUCGAGCAUCAUGACAGACCUAGUGCGUUACACCCGACAGGGAUUACAUUGGUUGCGUCUGGAUGCUAAGUGAUAUCUUGAACUGAAGGAAUCAAAAGUAGAACACACUUUUCUUGCUGCCUCUGAUUUUCUCCACAACACUGUGUCAUGUCAAUAAGGAAGACUGCCAUAACACAUUGCUUAGUUGACACUAAAAGCAAGGAAUGCUUUCACGUCUCCCAUCCUCUUCUGUGUGUUUAACCCCAAACCACAUCAUGUUAAUGGACUUCUUCAGUAUUCUCAUUUUUAAGUUAUUUAAAUAUUUUAAAAUCAGCUACAUAUUAAGAUAUGGCUUCUCUGCUCUGUAGUGGGAUUGGAAUUCCAGUCAAUAAUACAUAACUAAUCAGUUUUAAAUCCUAUUUAUUUUCAUUUGUUUUUAAAAAAUUUUUACAAAGCCCAGUUAUGGGCUCUUUUAAGACUUAGCUAUUUCUUCCUAUAAACUUACCCUAUCAAGUACUUAGCAGAGAUUAAAUGUAGACACUUUAUUUAAGUACUGCGUGAGCUUGUUACUCUGUAAUGUCUUGUGGUGGUAGAGCUUGUAAAACAAAAUAAGGGUUGAUAGGUUCUAAAGUGUAGGGACACCAAGUUUUUCAUGCCUAAUGCCUAUGACUCAAAUCUUAAAUAAGUACAGUUUUAUUAUUACAGAAUUUGUACUAAAUUUUAAGAAAAGUUCAAGAGAUAUUCUUCUACACAUUAAGAUAUUUCAUUUAAAUGAAAAUAUAAGAGAUGUAUAUGGAAAGAUUUAGUUAUGUCUAACUUGGGUUGUUUUUUUUCAAAACAAUUUCAGAAAACUUGGUUAACACUAUAGCAAACACAAAACAUUACAGUAAACUUGCAUUUAAUGCAAUAUGGAAGUGGUGUGAGAAUGAGCUUCUGUCUCUGAUAGGUGCAUACUGGAAACGUUUCAUAAAUGGACAAUCUUGUGCUUUUUUUAUCUCUCCAUUUAAAAUAAGUUUUGUCUCCUUGUUUGUCAUUAUUUGACCCUUAUUGAAGCAGCCAACUUAACAGUUGAAAGAACAGAUAAAUAAUUCCUAUUAGAGCUGUUUGUAUCAUUUCCAUUGACUGGGAAACCAAAAACAUAAAAAGCAAUUUAAGAUCCAUCUUUUCCUUUUGGGUCUGCUAAUUGAUGGACACUAUCACGUGAUAAUGGCCAUUGUGGGGUGCAGAGCACAUCUUUCACAGUGAUAUUGUGAAACUGUUCUGAUGUAGAAUUUAUUUAAAAUGUCUAUUUACCCCCAUGUUAAUGGAGGCCCCUGUUAAUGUUAGAUGUUUUAGGGGAGCAGAAUAUUCACUUUAGAAGUAUGUUGGUGCAACAAGAAUCCUGCAUUGAGUUCCAAGUGGCUGCUUUUAAGAAGUUGUAAUCCAAAGUACCUUUCCACAUAAGAUUAUUGUCUGAGUAAAAGGUUAAAAAUUAUAUUCCUUUCAAUAUUGCUUAGUGCCCCUAUCAUGUCUGGUGUGCCUUAUGCCUUACUUUUAGAUGAAGAUUUUAUGAACUGUUUACAAGAUGAAGUUUUACAGCAGGACCAUAUAUACUGUAUGGAGUUGGUCUUCUGCAGUACUUUUGGUAAAAUUCCAUUUCUUUUUCAUCAGUCCUAGUGUGUGUCAUAGAAACUGACUUCCUGUUACAGUGGUCUCCUUUUAAAGAGUCAAACUCUGAACCCAUUAGAGUGGUAUUGUGGAAUGCUGCUUUGUUUUUAUCUCCCAUUGCCCCCCCUUGUCCUGUACCAGAUGUGAACGUGCAUGUUCAGGAAAAUUAUUGCACUAAAUUUGUGUGUAGUUGUAGUUAAGUGCCAAAAUGAUGGCAACCUCAAAAGAAGGAAUAGAAUUCUACGCUACUUAGUACUGCAGUAUGUCCUAUGGGCUUUAAGAGUUAAGAAGUUUUGCAAAUUAGUAACUUCACUAAACUGUAGCUGCAUAUUCAUAGAGCUUCCUUUGUGUUCCAACAUUAUUUGUACUUCCAGAAAAGUUUGCUACAUGCAAAUGGAGACAGUUAGUCAACCUAUAACUCCCCAUUAUAUUUCAGCCUACAUUCAGGGCUGUUUGAUAACCCUUUUUAUUUGAAUCACUAUGUAAGUUAGUUUCUCUGUUUGCUAUUAGAGAUGGAACUUUCUCUACUCUCAAACUCUGCAUCUUGGUUAAUGGGACACGGUCAACUAUUUUUCCUUUAAUACUCUAAAGUGCCUAGCACACUUUUGACGCUAUAUAAAAAUACCUUCUUAGCAGCUGCAUUGUUUGUAUUUUAUUUUAUUUUAUUUUUUUGUAUAGGGCUGCAGUAGCCAGCCUGGCUGUUUCUAGCUUGCUCCGUUAUGUGCACCGUUACCAUUGCUGUAAGCAGGAAUGGUCUCAUCUCUGGGAAUAUUGGUUUUUUUCUCAACUAGAGUCUCACCAAUAUCUUUGGGUGGUACAUUUUUCAAGAGACCAGUUUAGUGUAUCCCUCAGCUCCAGACCAAUGGAUUCUAAAUGUUUGUCUAAAAAAAUCUAGAAGACUCUUUACAGUCUCUCAAAAUGGGGACCUGAACUGACAGAGAGUCCUGCCUCAAUAGUAUACAUUCUGGUGAAAUCCUUCUGGAAUAUUGUCCCAGGUUUUUAUCUAUGUAAGACACAUAUGCAAUGGUCUUGUUAAAAACAAACUCACUCCUCCCUCAACUUAGGCCAUUUCAAAUGAAUUAAACUCAGUUUGACAAUUCCAAAAGCAUAUCUAACUUGGGAUUUACCCAUUGCUUCAGAGAGAGAGAGAGAGAAUUUUAUUUUGCCUGAUAGAGUAGUUAAAACAAAAUGAAAAUAGUUCAUAAGUGUCCAUCUCUCUGCCAAAAUGCAGGCUAACAAAACCUGUCUUUUUUUAACCUUAAACAGCAAUGUGGGAAAUACAUGUCAUUUGAGUGCUAAUGCAAGUUGCACUAGUGUCUUACCAUGAGGGAAUCCUUAACUCCUGGUACUAAGGGUUCCCUAUGUGAUUAUAUUUUAACACAUAUCAGUGUUGUAGUUUUUAUUCAUCCCUCCACAUCUUCCCUCCCCCCCCCAGUGGUGAACCUUUUUUUAAAAUAAAAAAAGGCUUAAUAAUCAGACUAGGCUUGCUCAGACAUGAACAUUAUUUUGAAUUUGCUGUCAAAUGUUCAGGUUCCAAAAUGACAAGUUGCAUCAUUUAUAAUUAUAAAUGAGCCUUCAGGACACCAGAACAAAAUAGCCCAUGAUUUAUUUUGAUUUGAAAUAUUAACCGUAAAACAGAGCACAUUGGAUGGCUCGUUUUUUGUCUUUUGACGGCAGUAUGCAAUUUGUAUUGUAUGUGUCUUUAAUAUAUGUGUGUGUAUAUAUAUAUAUAUAUAUAUAUAUGAACUCCGUCUGUCCAAAGUAUAUGUUAUACUUGUUUUUAGAUUAUAGUGCAACUGAUUAUAUUGAUAUAUUAUUUAUUAAACUGAGUGCUGAAUCACCAUCUUACUGGUGAGGAAUCUUGAUAUUAUACAGGAGUGCAAUGUAUAUUCUUUUAGAUGGCUGAGGCUUGAUUGCUGUGAUUAAAAAAAAAAAAACACCCUAAAAUGUAUUUAUGAAUGACCCCAACAUAUAGAGAGUCAGUACUUUAUGAAUAUAAUUUUGUACUUGCCUGGGGCAAGUGAAAUAAAUCUUUAGGCAUGCAACUGUGUAGUUUGCCAAACUAGUAGAAAAGAGACACUACCUUUGCUUUAUUGAAUAUUUCGUUUAUCUAGCAGAAAAAGUUACUGUCAUUGCAGUGUUGAUAUUAAAACAGUUACAAAAGGGCCUGAGCAAGUCAAGUUUGAAUUAAUUUACCCAUUGGGGAGCAAGUAACUUCCAAAUCAUUGGUUAGCGCCCUAACAAAUAUUUCAUAAAUAUUUCGGUUGCGGAUUGAAUUACUUUAGGUCUAGUGAAUCAGUAUUAUGGAAAGCUGUUUAUUUCCAACAACAAAGCUAAUCUUAGAUAUCUUUAAACAAAGAGUAGCCAAAGCUUUUGCUAGCCAGCUCUGUUAGACAAACACAGACUCUUCUAAGAGGACUGAUUUCCUGGAGAUGGAAGUACAUAAAGAAUCAUGUUGUCAAAUCGCAUUAUUUUUGAAGGAGUUUUGUCUGUGAUGCCAUUUAAACAUAGCAGUGUUAGGAGGAAAGAGCAGGGGUAGCUAUACAAAUAAAACUAUAUUUUUGUCUCAUUGUGAGGAUGCUAGUUCAUAGAACAGUCUUUGAGAAUGACAGCAUUAGCUCUUUCUCUAUUCUAAUAUUCAGCUGAGAUUAAAUUGAAUACACUAUGCUGAGCAGUUUGAAGUGCUGCUCCAGGAUAGUUUAUAUAGGCUAUCCUCAUGUAAACUUUUUUUACCUGCUUUAAUUCCAUCUGGAAACUUAACAGAAAUGCAUCCAUUCCAAUUGAUGUAACUCCCUGUUUAUUAAUGGAGUCCAUACUGGCAAAUUGGAAUGAAAUGUUCCCCAUCUUGAAUUUUUUAGAUACAACCUUAGGAAAUCAUGCAGUUACGUACGCAAGGAUUGUAGCCCGUAUUUGUUGGCUGCAUUGGCAUUAAAUAUCUGAAAGUUCAACUACAAGGACCAGACAUGACUUUUUCAAGCACAGUUACUGAUGUUUGUAUCUUGUCCCCCCUUUUAAAUGGUUUGAAGAAAUUUUGUAUAUGGAGGAUAAAGUGCUUAUAUAUUUAUUAAAGAUCCUUUAUCUUAUUUGAAAUUAUUAUUAUUUGGUGAAGAAGGGUUGUGUUUUCUUUUGAGGAGGGUUGGGUAGGGCAGGGGAAGGUAACUUUUAACCUAUCACUUCAAAGCCCUUGUUAAUCAUGCAGAAAGGUACUGUUAAUGACGGGAUGUCUCUAUCCUAUGCUUUGUACAUGACAAGUCCAUGUUUUACAUUUUGUUUCUAGGCAUCGGUCUUCAACCAAAACUUACAAAAACAUAAAAAAACUGUGAUUUUAUUUGUUGCAAUACAUUUGAAAUUUCAAAGGGUACUUUGAGGCUCAAAAUUAUGAUUUCUAAGUCAGUAUGUGCAUUUCACGUAAUAAAGCUGUUAAUGGUGAGCAAAGUAUUAUAUACUAACUAGAUUUUUCCACAUCUGUAUAGUAUAUUCUAUGUAUUUUGUGGUAUUGAGAUUAUAGAAAGUUUAGUGUCUGAAACAUGCGUUUAAUGUGUAUUUUUAAACAAAUUUAUGGCAAUUAAAAUAUUUGGAGAAAAGGGUAUCACAUUUCAAUUUGUAAAGAUCUUU